AUGGAGGAGUUCGGAAGAGAGGCUCGGGAGCUGUCCUCUCUGCGACCCCUGCUGGAGGAGCAAGGGUUUGGCCUGUACGCUGUCGUUCACGAAGUGCUAGGCGUGCCAGAGUUCAAACCGUUCUUCGGCGAUGGGGAAGUCUUCUUGGACAAGGAGCGUAAAUUCUACGGACCAAAGGAGCGUUGGGAGGGCCUGACGUCCAUCUUGAGUUUUAAGGUCAUAAAUAACAUGCGUAGGGCAAGCAAGAAGGGAGUAUCCGGAAACCUGAAGGGUGAAGGAAGACUACUGGGAGGUGUGUUUGCUAUCAGCGCCAGAGGCAGAGGAAUCGUGUUCGAACACUACGAGGCGACCUUCGGCGACCAUGCCGACCUUGAAAAGCUAAUGGCUGCAGUUACAAGCAGCAAAUCUGGUGAAGGUACGUCGGCGGAGGGAAAUCGAGCGGUGGAGACGCCGGUCGCCAAGGACGCGGGUGAGGAGAAGCCGAGUGGGGAGAAGGGGAGUGGGGAAAACCCAAGCGGGGAGAAGGGAGGUGAGGAAAAGGUCGAGAAGGCUGAUGCUGCGAAAUUGUAACAGGGAGACGUGAAAUGUGUUGUUGUUCAUCGCAUUCUGUGAAUGUGUUUACAUUGAUUUACAUCAGCACUUGCAAGUCGUCUUGUUGUGCUGCGGCUGAAUGUUGUAGAUUUUGAUGUCUUGAUCUUGCCAUUUGCUUCGAUUGCUGACGUCAUACCACCAUGACGAUACGGCCGUAGUCUGAGCUGAUUUCUGGAUCAGUUCUCCAAUUUGAGAAAAUACAGUACACAAUCUAUUAUCCGAAACCCUUGGGACCAGACACGUUUCAGAUUUCGGAAUGGUAGUACAGUCAACUGUCACUUUUUCACUAUUAAAGUGAUUACGUCACCGUAAAUAAUAAAAGUAUAAAAAAUAUUUCCACUUUUCACUAUUCACUUUUUAUGUUUAAAUUGCAGCAUUAUACUUGUUAUUUUACUAUAUUGGUCGAUGUAAACAUACACUCGUGACUCAUACAUA